AUGGAGAAGAGGAUUGGACCAUGGAUGGAGCCUUGGGGGACGCCACAGGACAUGGAGGCCGAGGAAGGAGAUGAGUUGCUGCUAGAGACACUGGAAGAUCUGUUGGAUAAAUAUGGCCUCCAGAGAGAAUCUACCACAAUCUCCAGCAGUAAUGAGUGGAUCAGGAUUGUGUUGGUGGGGAAGACUGGAGUUGGGAAGAGCGCUACAGGAAACACCAUUCUGGGGAGAAAUGUCUUUAAAUCUGAGUUCUCCCCUAAAUCUUUGACUACACACUCUGAAAAGGCUGAUGGUAAGGUGGAUGGACAAAAGGUUGCUGUUAUUGACACUCCAAGCCUGUUUGACGCCAGGAACACUGAAGAGAAAACAGCUGAUGAUAUUGCUCAGAGCAUUUCUUUCGCUUCACCUGGACCUCAUAUCUUCCUGGUUGUCAUCAAACUGGGCAGAUUCACAGAGGAAGAAAAGCAGACGGUGCAGAAGAUUCAGGAAAUCUUUGGUGAGGAAGCCACCAAAUACAGCAUGGUUCUCUUUACUCAUGGUGACCAACUCAAAGGGAAAACUAUUGAGGAGUUCUUGAAGGACAGCAAAGAUCUGCAGGAACUUGUGGCCAAAUGUAACAACCAGUACCACGUGUUCAAUAAUGAGCUGGAGGAUCGUUCUCAGGUCAGGGAGCUGCUCAAGAAGAUAAAAAAUAUAACUGUGCAGAAUGGAAGAAGCUACUACACCACUGAAAUAUUCCAAAAUGCAGAGAGAGCGAUAGAAGAGGAGAAGCAACAAAUCCUGAGAGAGAAAGAAGAGGAGAAACAACAAAUCCUGAAAGAGAAAGAAGAGGAGAAACAACGAAUUCUGAAAGAGAAAGAAGAGGAGAAACAACAAAUCCUGAAAGAGAAAGAGGAGGAGAAACAACAAAUCCUGAAAGAGAAAGAAGAGGAGAAACAACGAAUACUGAAAGAGAAAGAAGAGGAGAAACAACAAAUUCUGAAAGAGAAAGAAGAGGAGAAACAACAAAUCCUGAGAGAGAAAGAACAG